CGUGGGAGCCGUUUCUUAGGGACUCAGGAUUUAUUGAUGGAUGGUUUUAGCGCAAGGAAAAGAACAUGAUUUGUUUUGCAGGGAUGGGUGAGCAAAUGCAGUUAGCCAGGGAGGAGCAAGGCGCUGCUGUUCCUUCAGCAGAAGGGUGGUAGUUCUCUCAGCUGCCCAAAUGCCAUCUUUCAUCCAGAAAUCGCGGAUGCGAAAAGGCUCAGUUUAAAGGGCAUAACCUUCAGUAGGACAAAUCAUCACAGCCAGUGAGCUGCCAAGUGCUGCCCCCACCUUGUCAAAGAGAGCAGCUGGACCCAUUUUUAAUCAGCCUUCCAGUACAAGCCUCUGGGUCACAGGAGAACAGGCCAGAGUUUGAAACUUUCCGAAGACAUUUAACACACACCGAGUGGAAAAGGCCACUUAGGUUGUCAUUGUAUGAAUCUGGUUGAUUUGAGAAACAAAUUAAAAAGGUGCGACUUUCACUGAUGCUUCACAUGGACAUACUCUACAUUUCAACCAUAUUGUAGAUGAUGGUUAUUGGAAGAGCCCAAGCAUUCACCACAGAGCAAGAGAUAUAGCUUGAGAGGUUAUCAGACACUCCCAGAACCGAAGAAUGGAUGACUACAGGUAUCGCGAUAACUAUGAGGGGUAUGCCCCCAGUGAUGGUUACUACCGGGGCAAUGAGUCAAACCCGGAAGAAGAUGCACAGAGCGAUGUUACAGAAGGCCAUGAUGAGGAAGAUGAGAUCUAUGAGGGUGAGUACCAAGGCAUCCCUCAUCCAGAUGAUGUCAAGUCCAAGCAGAUGAAGAUGGCAACCUCCAGAGCAGACGGUCUUCGGGGCCAGGCGGACAUGAUGGCUGAGAGGAUGGAAGAUGAGGAGCAGUUGGCCCACCAGUAUGAGACCAUCAUUGACGAGUGUGGACAUGGACGUUUCCAGUGGACCCUCUUCUUUGUCUUGGGUUUGGCCUUGAUGGCCGAUGGAGUGGAAGUGUUCGUGGUGAGCUUUGCCCUGCCCAGUGCAGAGAAAGAUAUGUGUCUGUCCAGUUCCAAGAAAGGAAUGCUUGGGCUGAUAGUCUACCUAGGAAUGAUGGCAGGAGCCUUCAUCCUGGGGGGUCUGGCUGAUAAGCUGGGAAGGAAGAGAGUCCUGAGCAUGUCCUUGGCCAUCAAUGCCUCCUUUGCCUCCCUCUCCUCCUUCGUGCAGGGAUAUGGAGCCUUCCUCUUCUGCAGACUCAUCUCAGGCAUAGGUAUUGGGGGCUCCCUGCCAAUUGUUUUUGCCUACUUUUCUGAGUUCUUGUCACGGGAGAAACGAGGUGAACACCUUAGCUGGCUGGGCAUCUUCUGGAUGACUGGAGGCAUCUAUGCAUCUGCCAUGGCCUGGAGCAUCAUUCCACACUAUGGCUGGGGCUUCAGCAUGGGGACCAAUUACCACUUCCACAGCUGGAGAGUGUUUGUCAUCGUCUGUGCCCUACCCUGCACUGUGUCCAUGGUGGCACUGAAGUUCAUGCCGGAAAGCCCCAGGUUCCUGCUGGAGAUGGGCAAACAUGAUGAAGCCUGGAUGAUUCUCAAGCAUGUCCAUGACACCAACAUGAGGGCUAAGGGGACCCCUGAGAAGGUGUUCACGGUUUCCCACAUCAAAACACCCAAGCAAAUGGACGAAUUCAUUGAGAUCCAGAGUUCAACCGGAACUUGGUACCAGCGCUGGCUGGUCAGGUUCAUGACCAUUUUCAAACAGGUCUGGGAUAAUGCCCUGUAUUGUGUGAUGGGGCCUUACAGAAUGAACACCCUGAUUCUGGCUGUGGUCUGGUUCACCAUAGCGUUAAGUUACUAUGGCCUGACUGUGUGGUUUCCUGAUAUGAUCCGGUAUUUCCAGGAUGAAGAAUAUAAGUCUAAAAUGAAAGUGUUCUUUGGUGAGCAUGUGCAUGGUGCCACAAUCAACUUCACAAUGGAAAACCAGAUCCACCAACAUGGGAAGCUUGUGAAUGAUAAGUUCAUAAAGAUGUAUUUUAAACAUGUCCUCUUUGAGGACACAUUCUUUGACAAAUGCUAUUUUGAAGAUGUGACAUCCACAGACACCUAUUUCAAGAACUGCACCAUUGAGUCAACCACCUUCUACAACACAGACCUCUACAAGCACAAGUUCAUUGACUGUCGGUUUAUCAACUCUACCUUUCUGGAGCAGAAAGAGGGCUGCCACAUGGACUUUGAGGAGGACAAUGAUUUUCUGAUUUACCUCGUCAGCUUUCUCGGCAGCCUGUCUGUCUUGCCUGGGAACAUAAUUUCUGCCCUGCUCAUGGACAGAAUCGGAAGACUCAAGAUGAUUGGUGGCUCCAUGCUCAUCUCGGCAGUCUGCUGCUUCUUCCUGUUUUUUGGCAACAGUGAGUCUGCGAUGAUCGGCUGGCAAUGCCUGUUCUGUGGGACCAGCAUCGCAGCCUGGAAUGCACUGGACGUCAUCACAGUGGAGCUGUAUCCCACCAACCAGAGGGCCACAGCCUUUGGCAUCCUCAAUGGAUUGUGCAAAUUUGGCGCCAUCCUGGGAAACACUAUCUUUGCUUCCUUUGUUGGGAUAACCAAAGUGGUCCCCAUCCUUCUGGCUGCUGCGUCUCUGGUUGGAGGUGGCCUGAUUGCCCUUCGACUGCCAGAGACCCGGGAGCAGGUCCUCAUGUGAAUAACCCAUGGAGAGAAAGAUGGGAAGAUCUUCUCCAGGACACUCCAUCACAGCCAUGCCUCCCACCUCUCACUGUCCACGGGACACCGUGGACAGCACAGGAGGAAAAAUGGACUUUGUGAUCACUAGUUUAGGACCUACUUCAGUUGUCAAUACAUUUGUAACUCAGGUGAUUGAUGGGGGGUGCCUUGAGUCACCCUUCGGAUCCCAGAACUCUGUGCUUAGCUUCAGGUCUCUCCAUCCAAGCAGGGAGGGCCAGGACCUUCCAGUAAACACACACAGUGAACAAGGAGUAUGUGUUUCUCUAAAUGAGGUGCAAGGAAUUAUUUGCAUUUCGGACUGAAGUUGAGGACCAGAAACACUGAAGCUCCUCCGUGUAGCUCCUGGGAGUCCAGUGAUUUAGCAAAUUGCCUCGGUUGAGAGUUGGGGUCAUCACACGAAUACUGGGCUAGGAGAACAGGAUAUACAUUUGCAUUUGAACGUAUCACCUAUCAUAUUUUCCAUUUGAAAAUUGGCAUAGUAGUAUUGAAUAUAUUCUGAUAUAGGAAAGCCAAAUAUUUAAACAAAUUCUGUAUGGACUGACUUUUCUUCCCAAGCGUCCUCAACUUUGAACGAUGAAGAGGCGAUGCAUUAAGAAUGAUAUUUAUUAUGAUUUUGCUCUAGUCAGAGACACUUAAGGACGAGUAUUCUGUAAACUAAGUUUGUAUAUAACAGUUUUGAGGUUUUAUUUCCACAAAUGGUAGCUGCUAAUACUGCCAGCGUUUUAGCCACAUUUGGGGAGGAUUCGCCAUUCAAGGUCCCAGGAAACUUGGUGCAACCAGAUGACAUUUGAGCACAAUUUCAAUACAGCCACUAGCUACUGUUGAGAGAAUGCACCAAACAAGCUCUGAGCAGUUUUCUUCACCUUGGAACUUUUCAAUUUAGUGGGGCAGAUACUUUUCUCUCCUAUGCGAGGCACUUGUGAAGCUCAAAUCCAUGGGUCCUUUGACUCUGCCGUUUACCUAGAAGCAACUGUGUUCUAUGGCUGCUGGCACUCUCUAGAGAGACUAAAACAACACAGGUAGCUGACUGAGGUUGGGAAAAAGUUCUUCAGAGUGUGAGUUCUUCCUGAUUGAUUAGCAGGAAAGUGCACACUGCACAUUUGUCUUGGUGAUGAUGUUUAGGACCUACGAGAAAUCUGUGCUCUAUGUCCUGAUUCAGAGAUUUUGAAAUAGGCCCUUACACGGAAGUUAGGAAGUGAGGAGUGUUAAACACAUGCAUUUCUUUAGUGCUCUGAGGAAUCUUUCCGGAGACCUGGUUUGGAACGUGAAUGUAGAAGUGGGUGGGGAGAGGACCUCAAGACAGACUGCUCUGGCCGGUGUCAGCCAUUGUCUGAGGUCUUGAUGCUGAAAGAGUAGCUUUUUUUUUUUUUUUCCAUCAGGACUAUAUAUCUAGCAAUGGUAGAGAUGGGGAGCUAGUAGUUCCCAUUACCUGAGCUGUGUUUGCCUGGGCCAGGGGAGCACCAGUCUGUAAGAGCUAAGUUUGCUCACUUUAUUUGCACACACCCAGGAGCUGUAAAGUGCUAAACUUUGCCUAUUUGAAACCUCAAGAAAUCUAAAUGAGACUAAUGGCUAUGUUGAGUGUUUCCUCAGUUUUGGGGAAUGUGUAGAACCCAUGGCAGUUCAAGCCAUCUUUCUAUAAUCCUCUGAAAUAUAAAUUAGCAGAGGAAAAGUGAAUUUUUUGAGACCUUCCUUCCCAUCUUCAAGUGUGGCUAACAUGUUUACUUGGCUUCUCUGGUCCCCACCUCUUAUACAUCCUUUACUUUCUGUAAGGAAGAAAGAUGCCACAUCAGCUCUGAUGUGACACCCUGAUUCCCCCUAAAUAUAAAUAUAUAUAAAUAUACAGAAUGUAUUAAUGCUUCUCUUGGUGUUUUAUAGGCACUAACUAACACAACACUCUGUUGAUAAUGAGAGACUUUCUGUAAUAUAGCUGUAAUAUUCUUUCCCAUUUUCUCGUGAUAUGGAAUGCAUCAGCUAGGAUCAUGAGAGAAUUGUGUAAAUCUGUGGUUACGUAUCCCUCAUAACAGUAUUCUUUAAUGGGAUAAUACAUCUCAGUGAGCAGCUACCACUUUAAAAAAAUGUACAAGACAGAAUCUACAUUUCCAGCCAGAUAGAUGUUGUAGACUUAAAAUCUGAUUAAUUUUUGAGUGCAGGGAUGGCUGCAGCCAUUUGUAGGUUAACUCCACUUAGUUUCUAAGCUCUGUCUUCUAUAUUACAUUUAUGGAUCCUUAAACCAACUACCUAACCAACCAAGGGCAAUUCCCACCCCAUCUGUCACACAGGCCAUGUGAAAGAUGCAGCAUGGUCUGCAGCCUCUCUCAUGAAGGAUUAUCUGGCCAUGGUACCUGGCCACUUCAUAGCUGCUGUCACUCCUGAUGAGAUGAAUGUGUCUUUAAAAUUAGUCUCUGUGGCAGGUCACUGGGGGAUAAUGUACAACAUUCUUAGCCAUCCAUCUCUUGUUUUACCCCGAGAGACUUCUAAUGACAUCCAUAGAGGGUGAAAGGGAAGAGCCUUUCCCUCAUUGAACAAGACUCUUCACAGUUCAUGAUGUAUUUUAUGAUGGCCAGUUUGGCUGUUGUUACUUUCAACAGUCUCAACUGCAUUGUGUUAUCUCCUGAUGCUGAUUUUUGAUCUUUUGUUUUAUUAAAACCAAUUAGUGAAAGAGG